AUGUUAGCUCCUCCAGCUGAUCUUUCGAAACCUUUUGUUGGACAGAGAAAAGUACCCAAAUUGGCACCAGACUCUCCACUGCUACAGCUGAAAGAUAUUGACUUCAAAUUGACUGUUGACAAUCUGGGAAAGGCUGUCUGGUCUGAAGGAGUUUUCAAUUUUGGAAUAGCGCCCAAAAGAAGUGCCACUGCUGAUACAUUGGUAGCAUUGUCUGUUCCAACACCUGAAAACUCAAAGGAUUAUCCUAUGGAUGAAAUACAGCUACCUAUCUCACCAAGGGGUGGCUUGAGAAGAGUAAACUCAGAUUGUACUACCAUUUCAACUUCAACAACACUCACAGCAUUCAGCAGUACUACUUCCACUAUUCUUAAUAAUAAUAAUAAAAAUAUCGAGAACAAGAAUACAGUGGCUACAUUACCCAGUCUUGCUUAUAAUACGGAACUCUUGAAUCACGGAUCUCCUACAUUACCUCUAAUUCUAGAAAAUACUCCAAAAUUCAACUUUGUUCCUCAGACCCCAAGAUCAAAGGAGAAUUAUUUUUACGGUAUCUCUACAGGGCUUACUCCAAAUCCCUUAAUGGGAACCCCUCAUUACAACCAAUUUAUGUUUCUGGUUCUUGAUGAUGCACAUUUAUGUGAAUCCACAACCGUAAAUGGUUUGCACUCUCAAAAUCUCAUGACAUCAUCACCUUAUAAAUCACAGCUGCUGACUUUUGGUAAUUCCAAUAGUGUAACAGGUACCCCAGUUUCACGCAACACCUUGAACAAUAUUGCUAUUCUGAGACAGCGGACGAAAACAGAAGACUUUGCCAUAAACAUGAAUGAUUUAAUGAAAUUGGAAUCCAACAACAAUAAUAAUGGUAAUGAAGAUCCAUUUGGCUGUGCCUUACCUUCAACUCAUAAAGUAAUUUCUGGCCGUUCUUCUCCUGCAAAAGUUCCAAAGGAAGAUACUAGUGAUGCUCGACUGGCUUUGAAGCGCAUUAUUUCAACAAAACGAGGCUAG